UUGAAUUUCACACUUUAAAUUUAAUUGUAGUGUUUUUAUGCAUUAUUACUAUUAUAAUAAUGUUGAAUUUUGAGGAGAAUGUAAUAAUUAAUGAUGAAAAUGAUAUUGGAUCUGAUCAAGAGACAAAUUGCUCUUAUUCAGAACAUUCUAAUCGAACACCAUCUAUUGAAAUAGCAUCCAUGUCAUCGACAAUAUCAACAUUGAAUACUAUAGAUCAUGCUUUAAUAUCAACAAAAAUUAUCGAUAAUUCUUGUAAUAAACAAGAACAGUUGAUGAAUUUAUUAAAUUCCGACUUUUUGUCUUGCUCAUUUUGUCAUGCAAAUGAUAAUGUAAUAAAGCUUCUUCCGUGUUUACAUACAGUCUGUCAAAGUUGUGCUAUUUCGUUACGUAACCAUUCAAAGAGUAAGGAUAAUUCACCAAUAAAAUGUAAAGCUUGUCAUAUGGCUGGUUUGAAAUUACAAGAACAAUAUGAUCCUCAUAAUAAUAAUAAUAGUUUUAUUAAUGAAACACUAAAAAAUAACUAUAACGAUGAGAAAUAUUCGACAGUUCAACCUGGCAUUAGCUCAACUACUGACUCAAACUGUGUAUUAGAAACGGAGGAAACAAUUACAGUGGAUGAAUUACAAUUUCCAAAUGCAAUAUUUAUUGAAAAACUUCGAGAUUUAGCAAAUUUAUUACAAAAAGAUACAAUACGUAAAUGUGAUUAUUGUAUGUUUGAAAAUCAAAAUUCAGAAGCUCAAUUCAGAUGUAUUGAAUGUGGUGAUAAUCUAUGUGAACCAUGUGCACAAGCUCAUAAACGAACUAGAAUAACACGACUUCACACUCUGCUUUCAUAUGAGGAUAUUUUAGUAAACGGAUAUUUGCUACGCAUGAGAGAGGCUCCACCUACUCAAUGUACCGAUCAUGAAUUCUCUGAGCUUAACACAAUUAAUUCCAAUGAGAAGACUAUAGGUAAUAAUCAGAAAGUAUCAGAUAACACAGUCAGAACUAAUUCUACUACUGUUGAUUUUAAUAGUAAUAAGGGUAAAACUAUUAUUGGUCACCGUUGUAAUUGGCCAUCACCAUCAGCUUGUUUUUACUGUAAACCAUGUAAAGAACAUGAAAAUCAUGUUGUAUUAUCAUUGGAAAAGGCUGUUCAUGAUGCUAAACUUGAAAUUAAUAAGCAAAUUGAUCGAGUUAAACGGAACAAUUCACAAUUCGAAGAUUAUUUACGUCAUGUAAUUAAAUACGGUCAUGAACUUGCUGAAACAGAAUUGAACAUAACUAAUCAAAUUCAAAAUAGAGCUGAACAAUUGAAAAACGAAAUUGAUCAAAUAGCUAAUAAACUAACCAAUCAAAUUGACAAAGAAAUUGGGAAUGAAAUGAAGCUAAUUGACCAAUGUGCAGGGUCCCUGUACCCAUUAAUUGCCCAAUGUGAAGUAGCCUGUCGAUAUGCUAAUGCAUUGAAGGAUUUCGGAAGAGCAGAAGAGGUACUUUUCUGUUUUGAUCAAGUAAACGAACAACUGAGCUAUUUGGGACAAAAGAAAAUUGAAUAUUUAGGAGCACGUAUAAAAACAUAUUUCAAAAAUGGCGGUUAUAGUUAUUGUGAAGAUGGGAUAGAAACAAAAAGUCAGACAUUCAAUUCAUCAUAUUUAUUCGGAAGUAUUGAAUCUGAAAAAAUUGCAGAGGAAUUUUCAAAAAAUGAAAUUAUCAAUCGUUCAGCUAUUCAUAAACAAAAUGAACUUAAAUUAGAGCUUAGUAAUAUAUAUUUAAAUCCUGAUCAAAUAUCAGUCGGUGUAAAUACUAGUCCAAGAGAGCUAGAAACAUUAACUAGUUAUCAUGAAGAUAAUCGAUUUAAUAAUAAUGAUAAUGAAUUAAAUUUACUUAUUUCAGGUAAUCGUUUCAAAACAAAUGAAAGCUUCUUAACACCAAGAAAUGGUUAUACAUCUGAUAAUAUGAAACAGAAAUCAAUGAUUAAAGAACACUAUAAUCUAUCCAAAUGUCAAGUAACCAAUGAAUUAGAAUUUGAUGCAAGAGUUAGUACUGAUUUACGUGAUGUUUGGCCUACUGGAUUAGUUGUAAAUCAAUCGAAUGGAGACAUUUAUGUUGUGGAUAGAGAUAAUUCUAGAAUCAAGCUUUUUACCCAUGACGGAACAUUUAUUUCAAGUUUAGGUGAUACAGGUGAAAUGACUGACCGACUUAUAAGUCCAUUUGACAUUACACUAUCAUCCAGUCGGGGAAUUAUAUUUGUAUCAGACUAUCAACGAGAUGAGAUUCGACUAUUCAGCUUCGAUGGACGUUCACAGGGUACAUUAACAAAAAAUAAACUUAAACAUCCACGUGGAGUAUGUUAUGGUAUUGGAUUAUUGGCUGUUGUUGAAAGUCGACGUCAUCAUAUUAGUCUUUAUGACAUCCGCUGUGAUACUAAUUCACCAGUACAUCAAAUACCUGUUGAUAAAGGAUUAGCUGGAGAAGAAGAUAAUUCAAACAAAUUUAUUUUUAACAGUCGAACUGCGCUUACUGAACCGUAUUAUGUUGAAUUUGUUGAUGAUGGUGGAGGAUGCUUAGGUGUUACUGAUUGGGCUGCUCCAAGUGUCAAGUUGUACUCAUUAAAGACUGGUUCUUUUCUAUCUUCUAUAGGUGGUUAUGGUACAACAAAUGACAAUAUUUUACAACCUUAUGGAAUAUGCUAUGCUCCAUGGACUAGAUCAUUUCUAAUUGCUGAUCAUGUUAAUCACCGUAUACAAUCAUGUCAAAUUAAACAUAUCAAUGAAAAUGAUAAUACUAUUCUGACAAAUGAUUUCAAUAGAUCAACAAAACAAACCAAUGGAUUGAAUCAAAUCCAUGUUAAUGGACAUAAAACCACUUCUAUUAAUUUAUCUUCAUUGAAACCGAUUGCUGAAAAGGGUACACAUUCAAUAUGGCAUCCAAUGGCUAUUACUACAGAUAUACAACGUAAACGAAUAAUUGUAACAGAAGCAUUAGGCAAUGUUAAAGUAUUAAAAUCAAUGGAAACAAUUUAA